AAAAAAUGGAACUCUUAGAAGGAGAUCAUCAAACACCAUCAUCAUCAUCAUCCCAACUUCACCAUUAUCCUUCCUUCUCUUCACCUUCUCUCCCACUUCACCAUGAACAUUAUUAUUAUUAUCCCUCUGCUUCCAUGGAUAUUAACCCUAACCCUAACCCUAACCCUAACCAAGAACAAGAACUACCAUUGCACUGCAUUAAUGAGUGGGCAGGACUAUUGUCUUCAAACCAGAUCAAGAAUAUCAGUGAAGCAGAGAUCAAUGACAAUGUGAUGGAAAGUGAUCAUGUUCAAGGUGAAGAAGGUGAUCCUAUUAAUUAUAAUAAUAAUAACAAUAAUGGUGGUGGUUGUGAGGAUUAUAAAGGGAAGAUGAUAAUGGAGAAGAAGAAGAAGAAAAGGAAGAGCAGGCCAAGGUUUGCUUUUCAUACAAAAAGCGAUGACAAUAUCCUCGACGACGGCUAUCGGUGGAGGAAGUAUGGCCAGAAGGCUGUCAAGAAUAGUAUCUAUCCAAGAAGCUAUUACCGAUGCACACAGCACACAUGCAAUGUGAAGAAGCAGGUUCAGCGACAUUCGAGAGAUAAAAGCAUUGUUGUUACCACAUACGAAGGUGUGCACAACCAUCCGUGUGAGAAGCUGAUGGAGACUUUGAGCCCUCUUCUCAAACAGAUUCAAUUCCUCUCGCACUUUUGAAAUCACUAAACUUCACUCG